AAGGAAAAGACCUAAUAUGUCUCUGAUUACAUAGAGUAAGUGUUCUGUGUAUUACAUUUCUUCAGAGUGCUCUGGCAACACUGCUUCGAACUUCUGUAGAAUAACAUAACCAAAAAACAAUGGUAAAAAAAACUAAACAAAAAUAUUUAAUAUUGAUUAAUCAUGGCACCACAUGGUGAAUGUUGUGGAGGUGCAAACCAUCAUCAUGAAUCCGAUGAAACUGGUAUUAGUUAUAGUUUAUAUACUAAAAUAAACAAAGAAAAUUUAGAGUGUUUAAAUGAGGCAGGUGAAGGUUCUGGCAAAACAGUAUUCAAGCCAUGGGAAGAACGUCUAAAUUAUGAAGCAGUAAGUAAAGUCAGGUCAAAUUUUUUUGUUCAAAUAAUCUAGUUUAACCGCUUUUUCUACUAUACUUACAAUUUUUUAUUAGUCCCUCAUUUUUUCCAACACUUAGGUACUGUGAAUUUGUGUUUUAAUUGGUUGCUAGUUGCUACGUAUUAUUAUUAUUAUUAACGAGAUGCACCGUUGUUGUCUUCAUAAUGAAGAAGUUGGCAUUCAUUAUAGCUUAUUCAGUAAAAUAGAUAAGGAAAAACUAGAGUGUUUAAAUGAAUCUGUUGAACAUGCUGGAAAAAAAGUUUUUAAACCCUGGGAAGAUCGAUUAAGUUGUGUAUUUGUUGAAUCUGAUGCUGAUGAAGAACUCCUAUUCAAUAUCCCUUUUGUCGGCAAUGUCAAGUUAAAAGCAAUCAAAGUUAUUGGCGAGGAUUCUGAUACUCAUCCUUCUAAAAUGAGACUGUUUAAAAAUCGUCCGUCUAUGACUUUUGAUGAUAGUAGUGUCAAAGCAGAUCAAGAAUUUGAAUUAGUUAAAGAUACUUCUGGAUUUGCUGAAUACACUACAAAGGUCGUCACAUUUAACAGUGUCAAUCAUUUAACAUUGCAUUUUCCAACGAAUUUUGGGGCCGAAACUACUAAAAUAUAUUACAUAGGUCUUAAGGGAGAAUUUACUGAAGCUCAUCAUCAUGGCGUAACAAUAUGUACCUAUGAGUCUAGACCGAUGCCACAGGAUCACAAGAAUCCACUGACUGAAUUUUCUCAAGCACGUUUAGGACAAUAAAAACUAUAAACUAUUGCUUGUCUAAGAAUAUUUGGCUGUGAACUGUGAAGGUUAAAACGUUUUGAUAAAGAAUAAAAUUUCAAUUGCUUUCUUACAUUUAUGUUCAAAAAUUAAAUACAAAAAUUUCCUACUUUGUUUAUGUUUGACACCUUUAGUGAUCAUGUCGACUCCUUUUUUUUAUUUAUUUCAACUUUCGGUAUCUGGACAUUUUACACGUAAAGUUUUUAAGGUUAUAUAACACUGCAAGCUUACGAAUACUUAGGCUGGCCUAUUAUUUAUUUAUUUAUAACCAUACAGACAAAGGCCUUAUUACAUGGUAAAAAAAUAAUACAUAACUUUAUGGUGUCAAUGUUGG